UCGAGCGUUAUUGCUCGUUUGAGAUUACCAGUAAUCAAUGGUGCAAACACCAGAUAACGAUAUUCUACGAAUUUUAGAUAAAUGUUGUAACCUUAUCAGCCAAAGACGGUCGAUAGAAGCGCAAAAAGCGAUAAGUUUUAUACCAACUGUUGAAGUGUACACACCUAGUUUGUGAAAUUGUAUGAGCAAUUGCUAUCCAAGUGUUGCUAAGGACUGAAUUCUUGAAAUGAUUGUCAAUUUCUCAAUUUCUCGUGUGAGAGUAAAACUUUAGUUCUGUGUACACAUGGAAAAACAAUGCGUGAUAUGAAUGAUUGACGAAUGAGCCUGAAUCGAUAUGCGAAAAGCGAGUUCUUAUUUGAUACAGUACAAAACUAUCCAAUAAAAACAUCUGUACAACUGGUUCUAGAAAACUUAACUAGCCAGCGUUAAUCACGUUUUUUUAAGGACCAAAGCCUCUCGGAAAUCUUACUGAGGCUAACAUCUUGAUAGUAUACAGUAGCAACUCAUCUUUAACAAAGAAAAGAAACAUGGACCCGACCAAUAACAAUGCAUCGAACGCAACAUCAAGCGGUGGUUCCAGACCAUCAGGAAACACAGUAACCAGCAAAAGAUCCCCUUUACAAGGCGCCGCUUACCACAUUCGAUUGACGAUGAUCAUUCUUUUCCGGGCAUUCGCAUUGCACCGCCAAGGAAAGUUGCCCCAAUUUGAAUUGAAGAUGGAGGUUCCAGAUGCAGGAAAGUUCGACGACCUGGUGUUUCGCUACUCAUCGCCAACGAUACCGGAAGGUACUGUCUACAUACAAGCUAAACAUAAAUAUCCAUCCGAGAAGCCAAGGAAAUCGAAAAAAAUCCAUCCAAACCAUCCGUACACGCCAACGCGAAAAGAGCGACCAGCCAUUACGGAAGGAACGCUGCUCACGAAAUGGAACUCCAAUGGGCCAUUUUCAAUUGCUAAGUACUUCAUUUCGUACCUGGAAGGAUAUGAAAGAUCGAUCACAGGUUCGCAUACAUACCUGCUGUGCACUAAUGCAACGAUUGACAACAAAUUGAAACAAAAAUUAACAUUACGGCCACAGGACAGCAGCGAGAUACUUUCCUUUUGCGACGUCAUAGGAGCAACGUGUUACAGCUUCAGCUCUGAGGAACAAUUUCAUGCUCUGACUGAUGCAUUGCGGCAAGCAAGUCUAGAAAAGCUAGGACAGAUGCUCGUACUACAUGUUCGUUACAACACAGAAAUUAAAUCGAAUUAUUCUUCGUUAAACGUAUUCGUCGAUCUGAUUGCUGUGUGUGUCGAGGAACUAGAAGGGGGCACAGGGAAGUUUAAACUAAGCCAUCGAUUGCUAACUGCAUGUGAGACAUCAAUCAUGGGGAAGUUGCGAGCUGUUCUUAAGAAGGAAUAUGAUAGGCUUAUAAGAGCGAAGCAGUGUGACAAUAGUUGUGUUAGCUGGGAAGAGAUGCAAUUCAUGAUCGAUAAGUCCUUCUUUCAAACCAAGGGUCCUCCGACUUCCACGCACGACGAAUCAUUUUUCUUUGAUCAGGUAAAUCGUGUUAUAAAGAGAUUUUACAAAGAGUUUAUGCUUGUUUGUGGAUCCUUGAACGGGGACCAGCUACACAACAGUGUUCUAGAAAUAAUGCCACACUGGGUCGACGAUAGAAAGACAACGCAUAACAUUAUGUUCAUGCGACUGUUUGAUUCGAUGAGCUUGCCCCAGCCUAUUCCUAUGGAUUUGAACUAUUUGAAACAACAGUUUAUCAGUAUGAAAGUAAAUUAUAACUUUUCUAGAUUCCAAAUUGAAUCACAGUGUGACCUUAGUCGAUGGCAAUAUAUGUAUCGAUACAUUGUGGUUCGAUCAGAUCGACUUCAACACACUGAAUUGUACGAGUUUCUCAGUGGUAAGACCACUUAUGAACGUUACCAGUAUUAUACCACAUUGGAUAUCGUAUUGUAUUCCCUUGUUGCAUCCCAGACCGUUGCAUUGCUUCAAUGCAAUGCAUUAUUCAUACACUAUGCAGCGAGUGAUUUUGAGGAAGAUAUACGUGAUGUACUCCGUGGAUUAUUUGAGUUCUUUGCAGAAGUAGAUCCCAUCUCUUACACCAUUAUAAUGACCAUUGAGCAGUCGAAGAAAUCGAUAUUGCCAGAAAUUCAAAGAUAUGCCAAAGAAUAUAAGAUAAAGUUUAUAGUAAUCGAAGAAGUACUUAAAGCACUCCCGGAUGAAGAAUGUUUUUACGUACGUGAUCUAACCGAAAAGGCAAGACAAAAGCUGUACGCAAAAUAUUGCAAAACAACAUUAAAUCUUUUUGGAACCACGAUAUCACUGAGUGGUAUUGUAAAUGAUGAUGAUGGCUUAAGCUUCGUGUGUAAGUUCUUGUACAAUUAUUAUGAACUAGAUCACAUUAAAUAUAUCGAAUCGAAGGAACAGAACUUUGAAGCAAUCAAGCCAAGGUAUAUUUCGCGCACCGUUAAUCCAUAUGUUGGAGAAAAUGCAAAAGAUUCAGAAGUAGAGGAGAAUAAUUUUUAUUUCACUUAUAGGGUCGAAUUUCAAAAAAUAUUCCUUGACAAUAUCCGGUUCAACAGUGAUGAGUUUUCUCAAAUGGUCGCAUCGGUUUCAUCCGCAAAUGAUGAUGUACAAUAUACCAUUCCUGAUGUUUUCAAGCACCACGAUGAAACGAAAGUACAUUUGUUACUUGAUGAAGCUGGAGCAGGAAAGUCAACAUAUUUCACAUGGCUUACACAUGCUUUAUCGAUCGAUGAUCCAUCACAGUAUGUUAUUCAAAUGAAUGCUUCACAGUAUUGCACCGAUUACAAACGAUGGCAAAAAUCUGACAUUAAGUUGCUUGAUGAUACCGCCAUCGUUCGAUUUCUUUACCGUUUGAUCCAUCUUACCCAUUUUGUUCCAAACGUUUAUAGCUUUUCGAUUGAAUCAACGGAUGUGUUCCGCGACCAAGCUGAUCAUGCUGCAGAGCUAUUGACGUUAGUGAACGGAACACUUUAUGUCAACACAUGUAAAACAAAAACGUUAGAAUUAACAUUCGCACAGUUGAUCGAGCUGAAGGUUUUCCAGCAGAAGUUCAACCAAAAACAACUGAUUAUCUUAUUCGAUGGGCUUGACGAGACUGCUCCUUUCUAUAAAGAGUUCGUAGUGCAUUUCUUUAGAAGACUUGCAAGUUUGGAUGGUAUUCGAGCUCUGUUCAUCUCAACUAGACCUUACGAUUACAUGGAACAGCUAAAAAGUACAUUUUCUAACUGCAGAAUGCAUUAUCUCACGCUUUUAUCACAGCACGAUCAGCUGCAAUUUGUUCACAAUUAUUUGAUGCAGGAACUAGAAGGUUAUAAACAAUGCGACUCGAGUAAGCGGGAUAAGGUUUUAGGUUACCUUUAUCGCCAGAUAGUAGAAUAUUUAGGAAAUUUGAAGCGUAUACCUUUAUUUCUUAACAUGGCAUGCAUUAUAAAUCUACCAAUAGCACAAAAAAACAUGGACUUAAGACGUUUUACUAUUCCAGAAGCGAUGUUAUAUAAAGCAAAUGUAGAUCUUUUAUCACUUAUCGAAAAUUUCAUCAAUCAAAAACUAAGAAUUUUAUGCAGUCACAAAAAUGGAUUACCGGAAUACAUCUUAGACUACCCUCACCAAAAGGCAAUAAACGAAAAGUUUUGGGACAAAAUUAAAAAACGACACAUUUUAUUAGCCAUGGUGGUAAUGUUUGACCAAAAGCAAAGAGAGGUACUUUUGACAUCAAAUGAAACCAUCCAAAUAAAUAAAUUCAUAAAAGAAGUACGCGAGGGCAUUGAAAAAACAGGAAUCAUCAAACAAAUUCAUGAUGAAACUCCUCAGUUUACUCAUCGAAUAUUUGCUGAGUACUUUGCGGCUUGUUGGAUGAACGAUAACAAGAACCGCAUGAGAAGCGAGAGUUUCUUCCAUUCGUGGUCAUAUUGGAAACCUCAACUGCAUCAAAUGCGUGACUUGUUCAAUCGAAUCGUUCUUAGAGUAAGCAAAGAAAAUGAUCUUCACAUGGCUGUUGUAAAUCAAUCCCUUGGUCUAGUUCGCGAGAUACUGACAAUAAUCCAUCAGCUGCAUUGGUGA